AUGGAAGACUAUACAGCAAUACGGGUAUACCUCCAGCCAAUCUUUCUGGAUCGCCAUGGUGUCCUGCUUUGCGUGCUGGUGCAGCUCAUCUCCAUGUACGUUGUCGGCUCCAUAUCUGGCUUCGCCUUGCCUUGGUUGAGUCCACGGGUCAAAUCCCUUCCAGACCGCCGACAAAAGCAAUUGGCCAUUGCUGUGCCGGUCAUCCUUCUAAAGGCCAUCGUCAUGUUGCUCAUUGUCGACGUCCUCUUGUCUUCACCGCUUUUCUGUGAUCAUUCCUCGACGUGCAAUGGUGGGCCUGCUUUGGAUUAUCGGUUUCAGACUCUGUACUUUGUAGCCAUCAGCUACAUUUUUGAAAUCCUCCAGCGGCCUUCCUCUGCCGAGCUCGUCGCUCAUCAUUUGUACCUGCAGGGCCUACCAUGCUAUUACUGGUUCUACCUUCAACAUCAGCCCACGAUGCACAUUGACCUAGCUCUACGCUUCUUUGAGCUCAUGGUCCUAUUGGGUCCCGGGGCGACGGAUAUAACAUCUGAUAUCACCUUCCUGCUCUACUAUACUGCUCCUAGGUCGCGGACCGGACUUGGCUUUACCAAGGCAAUGUCUUGGAUCGCUACGGUCAUGAGAGCAGUGCAGUGGAUUGCCCUGACCAGCUACGGGUAUCUGCGUUAUAAUGAGGCCGUUUUUUUGCUGUCUUCCACUGAAAAGGUAGUUUUUGCCAUUUCAGUAGCAUUGUGGGUUUGGACCGAGGUUGAUGAGAUUCUGAAGAUCAGAGGCAUGGUCGACAAAUUUCAGAAAAGCCUCGACAAAAAGACUUUGUGA